GUAAUCUCCGGCGACGCAGAUUGUAUUCCCACCGGUGGCGUUAGCUAUAUCAUCUUCUUCUUUCGGGGAACAACUAUGGCUGGUAAAGCUGAAGGUAUUGAUCACAGGGAGCCAGUUAAUGAACAAGCAGUUGCGAAUAUAUAUGCGGCAAUGAGGUCUGAACUCAACCAAAUUCACUCGAAAAUCACCGAGCUGGAAAUGGAAGUUAGCGAGCACUCGCUGGUAGUUAAUGCCAUUCAGCCGCUCAAUCCCUCUAGGCGAUGCUAUCGAAUGAUUGGGGGUGUUCUGGUCGAGAGGACUGUGAAGGAGGUCUUGCCUGCGGUGCUGCGCAACAAAGAGGGACUCGAAGAAGUUAUUAGCAGGCUCAAUGAAGCAUUGGAAAAGAAGAAAAAGGAGAUUGUUGAGUUUGAGGCUAAAUAUAAAAUCAGGAUAAGGAAGGCUGAUGCAGAGGUGAAGGAUGAAUCCGGUAGGAAGGAAGGCACUGCUCAAGGCGUUCUUGUUGGCCCUGCAGGUGGAAGUGAAGCAUAGAUCAGGUUUUACUCUGUUUCCUGAGAAUGUUAGUAUGAAGUCUUCUAUACUCUUGUACUUUAACAUGUUGUGGUGUUCUGAUUUGUUUGUGAGGAUUGGCUUAAAUAACAAAUGUUACAUCUUUUGAUCUUCUGUUCAAUUGCUUUUAGAGGAACUUAUGUUGAGCAAGUCUUAUGUAAGAAAUUGUUCUUAGACAUGUUCUCAUGUAGGAUUUUACUGCAAGUACAUAUGAUAUGAUUAGUAAUUGCUUCAGCUAUU